AUGAUGGCCGCCGCGCAGAUGCCUAGACCACCUUACCCUCCCAUGUCCUAUCAUACGCCGCAGUCCAACUCGCCCGCGUCGGUCGCCUCACCCUCUCAGCAUGACCAGCAUCGCAGCAUAUACGGGCAGCCCCCGUCCCAGCACCUCCAGCAGUCCAUGUAUUACCAACCGCAACCGCACUACCAGUCGAUGCCGCCUCACCCUGCCGCCUCGCCCUAUGCCCAGCACGCGCAUCACCCGCAGCAGUCGAUGACCUCGCAGCCCAAUAUGAUGAUGUCGCACCCAGCACCUCAGAACCAGAUGACGCAGCACGCGGCGCAACACGCUCAGGCGGGCAUGACGGGUAGUCCGCGGCCCAAGAUUGAGUCCCAGGUUCCCGUGCAGCUCCAGAAGCAGGCGCAGACGUCCCCGAUGCCGCAACCGCAACACCAGCAUCAGCAUCAGCACCAGCACCAGCAGAGCGCGCCGCAGCUGCAGAGCCCCGGCAAUCAAGCUGCUGGCGUGAAUCCCAACGCUGCCCCUGGGCCCAUCCCCGCCACGACUCCGCUCGUGGUGAGGCAGGACGGAAACGGCGUGCAGUGGAUCGCGUUCGAGUACUCGCGCGACCGUGUCAAGAUGGAAUACACGAUCCGGUGCGACGUCGAGUCGGUCAACACGGACGAGCUGUCCCCCGAGUUCAAACAGGAGAACUGCGUCUACCCCCGGGCCUGCUGCCCCAAGGACCAGUACCGCGGCAAUCGCCUCAUGUACGAGACGGACUGCAACCGGGUGGGCUGGGCGCUGGCGCAGCUCAACGCUCCGCUGCGCGGCAAGCGAGGCCUGAUCCAAAGGGCGGUGGACAGCUGGCGGAACAGCAACCAGGACCCCAGGCUUCGAAGCCGACGCGUUCGUCGCAUGGCCAAGAUGAACACGCGCAAGCAGGUCCCGGGAACCCCCACGCCACACCCCGGCGCGGCGCACAUGCCCGGCCCCGGCGGCCCGCCAGGGAUGUCGGCCGCGCCGCCCAUGGGACCUGGAGGUGGCCCCGCGAUGGGCAAGCCGGGGUUGAGCAGCAUGGGACAGCCAAUGCACCACCAUGCCGGGGCCCAUCCCGAUGGAAGCGCCCCCGGCGGAGGAGACGAAGUCGGCAACGGCAAUUCGUACGAGGAUCACCACCACCACCACCAGGGCCCGGCACAUCCAGGACAUGCGGGUGGCGGCGAUGACGUGAGACAGUCGCACGUCUUCACCGGGUACGGGGCCCACGGCUACCCUGGCGGCGCCCAGGGAGGACCCAUGUCUCACAUGGCUCCCCGGGCCGGCGGCGCGAUAUCAGCCCGAGCUCACAGCAGGACCACGGCCGACGAGCCCGAGGGGCUGUUCCCCGACAUUCCUGAGGCCAAGAAGCGCAAGUUCAUCCUCGUCGAGGACAACGUGCGCGGCUCGCGGCUCCGCGUGCGGGUGACGCUGGACGGCGUCGACACCAACGAGAUCCCCGAUAGCUUCCGCAAGGGCGCUAGCCUGUAUCCCCGCAGUUACUUUCCCCGCGAGAUGCAGAGCCCUCCGCCGAGCGCGACGGGCUCGCGCUUCUUUGUGGAUGACAUGGACGAUGACGGGACGCAGGAGACGGAGGGCCGUGAGGCCGGCCGCGGCCGCGGCACCAAGUCGAUGGGCGAAACGGUUCGGGUCACCAUGGCUGAGGGAGAUGACGGCGAGGCGACGGUCCCGAGAAUGAGAAAGUCGAUCCGCGGCAGGGAGGUCAAGCUCAACGACCUGGCGUACCGAAUGGCGUGGCUGCAGAGCCGCGUGUUUGCCGGGAGGACCGUCUUCCUCCAGCGCGCCAUGGACUGCUAUCGCAACAAGACGCGCGCUGCCAUUGAGGCGACCAUGCAGGACGUUGCAGCCGUCGCUCCCCACUACGAGACCCGGACGGGCAAGAAGCGAUGGACCGACCGGAGUAAGCGAGGCGAGCAAGAUGAGGUGGAGGAUUAG